AUGACAAACAACAACAACGACAAUACUAGUGCUGGUUUUUCUGGAGAUGUAAAUCGAGCAAACGAUAACAAUUAUAGAAACAGUAAUUAUAGCAAUUUAACUAUACUAAAUAAUGCUGCUAUAGCAAAUGAAUAUGAACAUACGUCAUUGUUAAAUAAUUUAUCUAGACACAGCAAUAAUUAUGGCAAGAACACAGAUGUUUUAAUACCAAUAGAAGACCAUUGUUGGUCUCCAAGUUCGAGAAUAAAUACAUCAUUGUUUCGUGAUUGGAACAUGUUAUCAUUAAGGAUAGCGGUAUUUCCUCAUACGCACCAUCACCAUAAUAGUAAAGAGGAUGAAUUUGGAAGAUAUAAAUAUAUUGGAAUGGUGAUGUUUUUUAUCAGUAUUAAUUCGGAUUCUUUGAUUAAACAUGGCUGGAUAUUCAUUUUUCAAGAUAAUCAAAUCACAGUGUCUGAAUUCUACUCUGAUUUCCAUUUUGAAUUAAUUAAUUGGAAAGCGAUGCAGGAAACCAUCCCAACAAUGCUUACACUUGCAUACUUUACGAUACUAAAUGUUAAUAUAAACAUUAAUAAAUUGGAAACUUCACUUGAUGACCAUCAUCAAUUAAAUACAGAUCGUGAACUGAUGGUUCAAGGAGUUUCCAAUUUAAUUGCAGGAACUUUUCAAGGAGUAAAUAAUCAUGUUGUGGGACUGAUACUUGCAUUUUGUAUUGGUAUAACAGUAUAUUUUGGACAACUAUUACUACUCAUUAAAUACAUUCCAACAAUAGCUGUAAGCACAAUAAUCUUCUACUUGGGACUGGAGAUGAUCCGAGAGGCAUUGGUAGACUCAUGGAAUAUUUUCAAUAAAUUGGAAUAUUUAAAUAUCAUAGCCACAAUGGGUGCAAUGACAUUCAUUGGAUUUGUUGAAGGAAUAUAUUUAGGAAUUGCAAUUUCUUAUAUAACUUUUAUGUUAUCAAAUUAUCAAAAUGGAGUGAUUAGAACAACAUGUUCGGGUAAUUCAGAUAGAUCUUCUGUCAGGAGGCAUUACCGAGAUCAUAAAUUUCUUGAAAAAGUUGGUAGUCAAAUCUAUGGAAUGGAAUUACAAGGUCAUAUGUUCUAUGGAGCAAUUAAAGGGGUUGAAGAUAUUAUAAAGAAAACUUUGAUUGAUUGUGAAAAGAAAGGAGAUCCAAUUAAAUUCUUAAUUUUGAAUAUGCUUUGUGUCACUGGAUUUGAUAUUAAUUCUGUCCAUGUGCUUGAAAGCAUUCAAAAGCAUCUUCAACAUCAAAAAGUAUAUCUUGUAAUCUGUGGACAUGAAUCUCAGGAAGGUUGUGUAACAUUGGAGAAAUUAUCAUUUUGGAAUGAUGUUACAAAUGAUUAUGUAAAGUUUUUUGGUGAAUUUAAUGAGGCACUAGAAUGGUGUGAAAAUUCACUCUUGGGAACUUUUUAUGCUAAACACAGACCAUUAUACAGUAAUAAUCAACUUGUUGGAGUACAACAUCAAACCACAUCAUCCUUACUUAAUGAUGAGUCUUUUUGCAGUCCUCAAGUUGAAGAUGCUGGAAGAAGCAUAUUUGAAAAUGAAAUUUGCCUUAAAAGUAAAAACAAAUUUGUAAAUAUUUUGAUGAAAGCAUUCAAAGAAAUCACCAAUGAAAAAGAAGAAUUUUUCAAUUUUCUAGUUCCAUAUUUUACAAAAGAAGAAAUACAAAAGGACUCACAACUGUGGUCAAAAGGUGAUGAUCCAAAUUGUAUAUAUGUGGUGGAACAGGGACAAUUGAGCACAUGGAUUCCAGCAGAAAACAAUAAACCAAAUGUAAUUGAGAGAAUCUUGCCACUUACCAUGGUAGGUGAAUUGGGAUUUUUCACUGAUAAUCAGCGACCAACAAAUUUAGAGACAAAUACUCUGUGUGUUCUAUGGAAAAUGGAUCAAGCUUCUUAUUUAAGGAUGAUGGGACAUAAUCCCAUUUUAGGAGCCAUGUUUAUGAAAUUGGCAGUGAAAUUCUCUGUAGAAAGAUUACGCAUGUUAAAUUGUUAUGCCAUUGAUUAA